CAUAAGAGCUGCUAUGCAUUGUUUUGCAAUGUUUGCCCAAUAGCAUUUCUGCAUCUACAGUUGGAUCAUACCCAUUCCUGACUUCUGAUUUCUGAUAAUGUCGAGAUUACGAGUGAAUAAGGAGGAGGAGGAAUUACAUGGUAAUGCUCGGGAUCUUAUGAGGGCAAACAAGCCAGAAGAGUUGUGCAGGCUCCUGUCUGAGGAUAAAGCCAAGGAACUGAUCAGGAAGAGUGGUGGAAAAGUUUUGUCAUAUUGCUUAAAUGAUGCUAUUGGCCACAACCACGUUGAAUGUAUACAGGUACUUUUAAAAGCCGGAGCCAACCCUGAUAUUGUUGGCGAAUGUCACCCCAUAAACAGAACAAUAAAGUAUGGAGGUCAUGAAAACAUCCUUACACUGCUUUUGGAAUAUGGAGCAGAUCCUAAUCUUAAAUCAUUUGAUGGCUACUACCAUUCCCUGUUAUGUUUAGCGGCUCACUUUGCUGUCCUAGGAUGCUUCAGAACACUACUUCUUUAUGGGGCUGACCCAGAUUAUAAUUGUCCAGAUCGGGAUUUUUUGCAAAAGUUUACAAAUCCCCAGUCAGUAUUGGGGGUAUGUCUUCGAAACGGCUAUGAGGACCAGUUCGUGAAACUGCUCAUUGAUUUUGGUGCUAAUAUGUUCUUGCAUGAUAUACAAGAAAGCCUGUUAAGUGCAGAAAAUGGAACAAAAAAACUUCUAGAGAGAGAACGAGCUCAUCCCAGGUCACUUAUGUCUCAAUGUCGUUUGAUGAUUAGAAGGCUGCUGAGACAGAAUGGAAAAAUCUGUGUCACUGAUCAGCUGGGGAUCCCUAAUGAGCUACAGAAAUACUUACGGUACCAUGAGGAAAUGAAUGGACCAGAGAAGUUACCACGCCAUGAAGAAGAGUAUAGGAGGUUUCUUAGUUGCUUUUGAUGCCCAGCAACAAGACUGAGGAAAC